AUUAGAACAAACCCCACUCAGCACUGGGCAGUGGUAACAACUUGUUCAUCAAAAAGAGUAGUCUCCAUUAUCUGACGAAUCAAACUAACAAACGCGGCAUUUACAUCAGCAUUCGAUUUUUUUUCAUCGUUUUUAUGAACAGUUUGUUUAAUUGCUUUAGGAUCUGUUAAAAUCAUUAUUUUUGAAGUUUCUAUGACGAAUUGUUGAUUGAGUUUAAGAAUGGGGAAAGCUGGUAGAGAUUGGGGACAGAUCUAUUCAAUUUACGGUGUUGAUGAUUGGCAAACACCGAUGUUUCUGCUAAUUCAUGCUAUUUUCUUCUCUGUACUGUCUGUGAUUUUUCUAGUUUAUUUUGAACCUAUCUGCUAUUUCUUCCACCAUUUCUUACCUGGCCCAAGUUCGGCUCGUUUCGCCGCUGGAUUCACCGGUUCCGUCACAGCACUCUCUGCGGUUUGCCUUUUCUACGCCGCCGGCAACAUUUUUUACUCCUCCGUUUCGCUUCACUGGGAAAUGGCACAGAGGAUGGUGAACGCCGUCGGUGAUUGGUCUUCCGUUAAGCAUGCGCUUGACCUUGGCUGUGGCAGAGGGAUCCUCCUCAACGCCGUCGCUCUACAGCUGAAGAAAUCCGGGUCAUCCGGUCGGGUCGUCGGGUUACAUCCAACACCGAAUUGUUCUCUGUCUACUCUACGAACUGCAGGGAUUGAAGGUGUUCAGGAGUAUGUAACGUGCCGGUCUGGUGACCCGAGGAAACUUCCGUUCAGUGAUAACUACUUCGACGUGGUGGCGUCGGCGGCGUUUGUGCACACGGUGGGGAAGGAGUUUGGGCAGAAAACAGCGGUAGCGGCGGCGGAGAGGAUGAGGGUGUUGGGUGAGGUGGUGAGGGUGCUGAAACCCGGCGGCGUUGGGGUGGUGUGGGAUCUGAUGCACGCGCCGGAGUACGUGAAGAGACUGCAAGAAUUGAAGAUGGAAGAUAUUCGGGUUUCGGAGCGGGUCACGGCGUUUAUGGUAAACAGCCACGUCAUCGUAUUCAACAAGCCAUGUCAGCAUAUUGUGGGACCCAAUGAAGUUAGAUUGGAUUGGAGACUCAACAAUCUUUGUUGAUAAAAUUGCAAAAUAUAUUAUAUAAAGAUAUGAAUAUGAAAGUUAUAAUAGCAAAAGUUAUGGGUACUAUUUUCUAGAUUUUAAAUUUUGUAGGGGCCUAUAUGACAAUCUGGAGAAGCAAAGUGGACCCAGAUGCAAUAAAUGAUAAUAGUACUAGAUUAGUUCAAAUUUGGAAAAUUAAGAAAAUGACAGUGUAAUUUUCCCCGUUUUGAUGAGGGAAUUUAAAUUUUAUGAUGAUUGAUAUAUGAUAAUCUAUCCUAAUUUAUACAUAA